AUGGCACCUAUCAUACCUUCCAGACCCAAUAACCCCCAUCGCAAUUCAUCCAAUACCUCUGCGUCAUCAUCCUUCCGAUCAUUGUUCACUCAACCCAAUAGCAAACUUUCGCAAAUCGUAGGAGAGGAGAAGAUAGAGGAUAAUAGGAUAUUACCAGUCAAGGAUUUUCCACCUCAAGCUGAAAGGAGAAGAUCAUCUGCACCUACUCUAGCGGUCGAACCUGAUUCUGAGAAUGGUAGUUCUAGUCCUAGCCCUCAACCAAAGGAUGAACUGCCAGAACAAACGAAUACCCCAAGAUCAGAGAUACUUCACAAGCGAUCACAUUCAUUAAGGAGGAAACCUGUACCAUCCCUAUUGCUCAAUGCUGAGAGUACAUCGACACCUUUACCGUUACCGUUACCGAUGGAUCAUCCGUUUGCCACCAAACACAAUAAACAUGAUAAUACGUCAAGUAGCUUGAAGAGCUUUUCGACCGGUAACAGUGCAACAUCAAGCAUUAAUCUCAAUCCUGUGCUGACUCCUGAGAGGUCAACGGGAAGAACUCCCCCACCACCUAGGCGAACAGUCAAUUCACCGAAGGAAGAUGAGGAGAGUAUGGUAAUUAGGAAAAAGAAGAAUGCUAGACCUGAUACCGCUGGGACAUUUGGUGGUAGGCAAUCUUUAGAUGAAGAUAGACCUGCGACUGCUACGGAAAAUCGUAAAGGACAAUUAUCGAGGAUAGAUAAGGAAGAUGCUCUACACGCUCGUAUGAUCUCCCUUUCUCUCGAUCGACCUUUACCUCCCACCCCAACUGGCCCCGAAGAUAAACAGCUUCAAGUCCCUCCUUCGACAACUCUUUCUCCCAAAUCAAGCCCUCCUCGCAUCACCAGACCAUCGGCCGAUACAAACACAUCAAAAAGCAUGGACCUAUCUAAUAUCUUGCGUCAAAGCCCUUCCAUCCCGUUACACACCUCUUUACCCAUGAGCAAGAAUGGUUCAUCAGGAUCCGGUUCCGGUACAGGCAGUGGGUCGAAGUUCAGGUCCAAGAUACUGAACAGAUGGGAUAGUUCCGAGAAGGUCAAGAAAUCUUCUGCCCCCUCCUCCCCAAGUAAGAAAGAUACCAACAAGGUAGAAGAAGAAUUUAGUGUAGAUCGUAUACCUUCCAAGAAGGAUUUAUGGGAAGCUGGAACGUGUUUCUUGAGGGAUGAAGAUGGCGAUCUAAAAUGUUUUGGUGAUUUGUUUCCUAGAUAUCGAGAGGAUACAUCAUCAACUUUGAUUGAUGAUCAUCAGAAUGACAAAUCUCAGAGCAAAGGUAAAAGGAAGGAGAAAGAGUCUGCUGCUUCAGCUGGAAUGGAGAAAUCAGCAGCUUAUUCUGGACCCUCAAGUCAAAAUCAAGUUGAGAAUAAAGUAUACAAAACGGUCGUUUUCUUCAUUAGACAUUUCUGGUGUGGACAAUGCCAAGAUUAUACGUUCGCUUCUCUUUCACUCCUUGAUCCGGUCGCGUUGGAGAAAGCUGGUAUCAGAGUAGUGGUAAUUUCCAAUGGAAGUUGGAAGAUUAUAAAAUCUUAUAAGAAGUUGUUCAAUUGUCCGUUCCCUAUUUAUGUGGAUGGACCUAGGAGAUUGUAUCAGUUGAUGGGGAUGACGAAGAUGACAAAUGACUUUGGGCCACUAUUCAAAGGUAGAGCAGCAUAUCAUCAACGUACGGUCCCUGGACAACUGGUCCAUGGAUUAGGUAACGCGUUCUUCCGUAUGCCACUUGCCAAUCCUGGUACUCUCACUCAACUAGGUGGAGAGUUCAUUCUUACUCCUGGAUGGAAUUGCGAGUUCGCACAUCGGAUGACGACCACUUCGGAUCACAUGGAAGCACCCGACGUCCUUCGUCUAGCAGGCUGCGUCCAUCCUACUAAAUCAGAUGCGGUGGAGCUUGAGUUGGCAGAUUCGCAGAAAGCCGAGUUGGAGAAGUUGGAGAAGGAGAUGAAAGAAUGGCAAGAACAAAGAGUGGCUGAACUAGAACGAAUUCGACAGAAGAAGGCUGCUAGGCGAGGUGUGACAUAUGAGCCUUCGAGAAGAGACUCGGAUUUCACCUUUUUAGAAGGCGAGAAGGAUCUAUCCGAUUUCUCUUUGGAGAAAGAAGUCAACCAGGCUUUGUCAUCGCCGAAGGAACUCAAAGAGAUUUUGAGUCGGGUCAGAGAACCAUCGGAAGUCGAUGCUAGAUUAGAGGACGCUCUACAGAUACAUGAGUCGAGAGAAAGGGAAAAAUUGGCUGCAGGACAACUGAUGUUGGCACGAGGGAAGGGUGACUUGGAGGUCCAACUGGAUGGUGCCAAGGCAUACUAG